CACAGAAACUGUCAAAAACUGAACGAAACAAUAUUAGCAAAAGUUAUUUUUUUCUGUCUUGUCUGCAAAAAAAUGGAUUAAGGUUUUGAAGUGUGUGGUAGUUUUAAAAUGAAAUUUAUAUAAUUGUAUUAUUCUCGCAUGUUUGAAAUUACUAUUAGUCCAAACCUCAUCAAAAGAAAUGUCGGUACAAUUGGUAGAUUCGAGUGGAAAAGAUGAUUUGAAGACUCAGUUUGUAACUCGCGAGGGCGAGUAUAGGUUGAUGACGCUGUCGGAGUACUCACGGCCAAAUCGUGUAGGAUAUCAAAAUAAUCAGAGCAACCCUCAAGUGAGAGUUUCGUUGGUGACACUUCCAUCACACCAAACAUCCCAACAAACAGUUAUCGAAAAUGGUAACAAUCAAGGCGGAAAUACAAACCCAGUUCCAUCAACGAAUCCCGGAUGCACGACAGCAACGGAGACCUCGAAUAGUCGCGAGCAAACCCAUGGUGUUGGAGGUGGCGUCGGACUAUCCCCCAGCUGUUCUACGCCCAUCGGUGGCGACAGAAUAUGCUUUAACUACGGGAAAGAGCUGUAUGUUUAUGCAUAUCGUGGAGUGAAAAAGGCUUCGGAUUUGAGCAAACCAAUUGAUAAGAAAUUGUACAAAGGUACAAAUCCAAGCUGUCACGAUUUCAAUGCAGCCGCAGCUACGUUCGAAGGUGCUCCACUCCUUGUAGGAUUUAGUACAGGACAGAUUCAGUUAGUUUAUCCUGGAAGACGAGAGCAAGGGAAGCUGUACAACGAAGAGAGAUUAAUUGAUAAGACAAAAGUUACCUGUUUGAAAUGGAUACCGGGCUCUGAAAACCAUUUCCUGGCGUCUCACGCUAGUGGUUGCUUAUAUGCUUAUAACGAAGAACUGCCAUGUACACCCACUACGCCGAGUUAUCAGCCUUAUAAGUGCGGUGAUGGUUACAUUGUUCAUGCAAGUAAAUCAAAAGCAACGCGUAAUCCAUUGUUCAAAUGGUGCUUUGGUCAGCAAGAGAAUGCCAGCAUAAAUGAGUUCUGUUUUUCUCCCUGUGGUCAGCACUUGGCAAUCGUAUCACAGGAUGGAUUUCUUCGAGUCUUCCAUUACAGUAACAUGGAGUUAAUUGGAAUAGCACGGUCGUAUUUCGGAGGUUUUCUCUGUGUAUGUUGGAGCCCGGAUGGCAAGUAUGUUGUUGUUGGUGGGGAAGAUGACCUCGUAACUGUAUAUUCCUUGCUUGAACAACGUGUUGUUGCACGUGGCCAAGGUCAUCGCUCAUGGGUGUCAGUAGUUGCAUUUGAUCCAUACACGACGUCAUAUUCAAACUGGAAUGGAGAUGACUAUUCAGACGAUGACAACCCAAUGAAUGAUGGUUAUAAAAAUUACUACGGUCAUAGCAAAUAUGCUGGCAGUGAAUCAGCGACAGCAACUGCUUUGCGUCGUCCUACUUCAGCUUGUAGAAAUAGUGUCUCUACAUCGGAAAAACUUGCCACGUGUUACAGACUAGGCUCGGUAAGCCAGGAUACCCAGCUCUGUUUGUGGGACAUCACCGAGGACGUUCUGCGGCAGUCCAUAGGUCACCUAAGUCGCAACUUAAGUUUAGCGGAACACACAUCUUGUAAUGCAAAAAGUGAAUUUCCAAAUAGUGCAAAUAAUAGUAAUAGUGGACAAACAGUGACAACUCAUAAGGACUUAUCUAAAUCAAUAGCUAACGCAACUUCAAUCGAGGAAAGCGAUACAGUGGAUAAUGCUAAUUAUAAUUUGAAAAAAAUAUCUUUUACUAGUAAUAAUAUAACUGCUAUAAAUUGUGAUGAUAGUAAUAGCAACAAUAGCAGUGGAAAAGGUUCAACAAGUAGCGUUGAUGGAAAGCAUGCUAAGAAUCACGUAACUAGAGAAAGUAGUGUUGUUAUUACGAGUAAUAUAUCUGCCGUUGUCGGAACUUCAAAUAAGAAAGAAAAAGAUAAUUACGGUGACAAAAACUCAAAGUAUGAUUUAAAUCACCAGCACCACUCAGCGUUUAAUUCAAUAACGCAACGGUUUUCCAAUCUUGGAUUUGGCAGCAACAGCACCAAUAACAGCGAAAAAAGUGAAAAAUUGGGCAAAAGCAGCAAAAGAAAUAUCAUAUCGCUUGCAGGCAAAUCCAGUAUCAGCAAUAAUAUUCACACUAGUUCAAAUAAUAAUCAUUUCCAGCAUUCUAACUCUUCGAGCAACAACAACCAAGCCAACAAUUACGUUGAUCAGACUAUUUCAACUUCUUCGUCUAGCAGUGGUGGCGGUGGCGGUGGAGGCGGAAGUAUAUCUAAUACAAUAACAUCAAUUAUGACUGCAUCGUUAACGAAAAAUAAGCGCAACGAUGGGAAUGGAACCACUGGCAGUGGAACAAGUAUAAUUUCAUCGUACGAUCCAAUGAAAUUGAUUGGAACUCCGGCGUGCCCGAGAUUCGACGAUUGUCCAGUAUUAGAACCUUUGGUGUGCAAGAAAAUUGCGCACGAACGAUUGACGGCAUUAAUAUUUCGAGAAGAUUGCUUACUCACAGCGUGCCAGGAUGGAUUCGUAUACACCUGGGCAAGGCCUGGUUACAUCAAUCUACCACAGCAUUUACCUCCAAGUCCUACGGCACCACCCGGCGGCACGGUAGUGUGAAAGCAUCACUAGUUCAGGUUUUAAACGCAAAUGUACAUUUUAUUUACUCUCAUGAUUGUUAGAAACGUUUUAGUUGUUUUGUUUUCGCACGUAUACUGUAAAAAGCUAAAAAAAGUACACGGUAAAGUGUCAUUAUUCAACGUACUGUCUCGCGUAUCUUGUCUCAAAUUUAAGUUGUAUACAAACGUAUUCAUUUACCCUUCCAAAUGUAUUAUGAACAUUUUAUGACACAUUCUACCAUGACGUUACAACGUUUUGACGCCUUUUCUGUCAGAUUUUCUAUUAUAACUCGUAAAUUCGACCGUAAACCCUAAAAAAAUUGCACAUUCGGAUUCCUUGUAAAAUUUCCAAUAAGUUUAAUCUGUUAAACAGUUAGUUUUCAUUGGAAAAGUAUGUUAAAAAUGGGAAUUAGUAGCGUGACGUUACAACUGUACAACUUAUUAAAAAAAUUUACAAGGAAUCCAAAUAUGUAAACAUAUUUGAGGGUUUACGGUCGAAUUUACGAGUUAUUGUAGAAAAUCUGACAGAAAAGGCGUCAAAACGUGUUAACGUCACGGUAGAUUGUGUUAUAUCCUUUUUAGGUCCUGAUGCAUUAAUAGGAUUUAUUAGAAGAAAAAAAGGCAGCUAAAAAAACUGCAGAUUUGCUGCUGUAUUCGUAUUCCGAUCGAUACAUAAAAUUUUAUAAACUUGCUGAUGUGAUAUAUAUGUUUUUUUUUGCGCGAUAUCGUAUAGUAUAGUAAACUAAGCUCAGAGCUGGCUCUAUCUCAGUUUGAACUAAUGUUAUGAAAAUGCCUUUUUUAUGAUUUUGCUUGCAUUAGAAAAUAUACGGCGAUAUAAAAGCUAGGCAGCAUUGAAUUACGGCACUUUACGGUAAGCGCAAAUGCUCAAUCAAAGAAUAGUGGUGAACAAUGUAAAAGACAAUUUUAUCAACUCUAAAAGAGAUAUCUACCUAAUACUAUCCUAGCAGAACAGAUUUCAAGUUGUCAUGCUGUAUACAUGAGAAAUGUUAGAACUUCUUUCUCAGCCUGAGUCAAGUAUGUAAGUAAACUAUGAAAAUAAAUGUUUGCUUAUACAUAUGGGAUUAACACAAAAGGCCGAAUCACGAAAGGCCGAAACCAGUGUAACUACCACAAAAGGCCGAAUCACAUAAAGCCGAAGGUAACGAAAGGCCGAAUGUAACAAAAAGCCGAAGGUAACGAAAGGCCGAAUGUAACAAAAGGCCGAAAAUAACGAAAGGCCGAAUUAUGAAAGACGCAUAUUAACUCGGUUUCCGUUUAGUUAAAUGAUAUAUCAAUUAAAAGAGUGGUCUCCAGUUAACCUAGUGGUUAAGGCUAUGAAUCGCCAAUCCGGUGACGGUGGGUUCGAUUCCCGUUCCGGUCGGGAAAAUUUUCUCGACUCCCUGGGCAUAGCGUAGCAUUGUGCUUGUCUCACAAUAUACAAAUUCAUGCAAUGGCAGGCAAAGAACGCCAUUCAAUUAAUAACUGUGGAUGUGCUCAAAGAACACUAAGUUGAAGCGAGGCAGGCCAAGUUCCAGUGCGGACGUUGAGCCACAAAGAGGAAGAAGAAGAAGAUCAAUUUUAAGGGUUGUUUAACCUCAAAUUAAUUAGUUGUGAAUAUAAGUAGUGAAAUCGAUUCGCAUAUAGCGUCCGACUGCUAAAGUUGGGUAUUAAAAAGGUGUUCGAUAGGAUGCUAGCGAAGUGUAACGUCUGUUUCUCUGAGCUUAUACUAAGAUUUUAUAGCUGCAUAUCUGGUGUCAAAGCCAAAAUGGAAGUUGAAAACAAUGUUUCCGAGUAUGGUCUAGCAUGCGCAGUUAAAAAUAAUAUAAAGACCACUUGAACAUGUGUUUUAAUUGAAUUUCUUACAACAAAAUAAUGAAAAUGAUUUGAAUUUCAUAAACAUUAUUGGCUGCUGCUGUCGAAACGUUAGCCUCUUGUUGGCUUUGAUGUUUUCGCAUGGACAAAAAUCGUUGCGUCAGUGUUGAAUUUGUUAAAAAUAAGAGUGAAUAUUUUUGUCUUAUUCGACAUGUCGGUCGUAUGCAUAAUGAAUCUAUAUAUUCUUUUUCCUUUAGUCGUCCUAUUUUUUGUUAUCUGUAUUUACGAGAUUUUAGCCCUAGGCUAGUUCAUCUCGGGACUCACGCAUUACUUACCUUCCGAAGGAAGACCUCACAUAUUGCGAGUUUGUCGGGAGUGGGAUUCGAUCUCAGGUCCUCGGCGUGAUGGUCAAGUGUUCUAACCAUCACACCAGCUGCGCUCCUUUAGUCGUCCCACUCCAACAUAAAAUGCACAUAAAUGUGAAUCAUGCUGCGUAGCUGCAUGGAGGAUUGAGGAACCGAGGCGGCAGAAUGCCGCCGAAGUAUCCGAUAUCCGAUGCACCGUAAUAGGACGUAAUCGGAGAAGUACUAGAUUGAAAGUAGUGAGCUGGAUGUUUGUAUGGUGAGAUGAUCAAUUCUGCAUUUCUGCAAUGAAAUGUGCAAACAGCGUGAGUAUUAUGCUUUCUGGACCAAUUCGAUUCUGUUUGAGCCCAAGUUUUUGUAACUGUGUUGUUGAAUUAUUUAUUUCUUGCAACUUCAAUAUUACAGUUACCCCAGCUUAUGCUCAAGCAUCAUCAAAUUAGGCAAGAAAUCAUAUAACCCACGCUGUUUGCACUAUUCCAUUGCAGAAAUGGAGAAUUGAGGGCCCAUAUAGCUGAGGCGGUAAACGCACGGGUAUUCAGCAUGACCAUGCUGAGGGUGACGGGUUCGAUUCCCGGUCGGUCCAGGAUCUUUUCGUAAAGGAAAUUUCCUUGACUUCCUUGGGCAUAGAGUAUCUUCGUGCCUGCCACACGAUAUACACAUGCAAAAUGGUCAUUGGCAGAGGAAGCUCUCAGUUAAUAACUGUGGAAGUGCUCAGCAGGCUUUGUCCCAGUGAGGACGUUACGCCAAGAAGAGGAGGAGGAGGAGAAUUGAUCAUCUCACCACUGUACAAAAAUCUAGUACUUCACUGAUUGUAUUAUUUAUUUCUUGUAACUUCAACAACACAGAUAUCCGAACUUUUGCUCAAACAACAUCAAAUUAGGCAAGAACUCAUAAUACCCAUGCUGUUUGCACGACUUCAUUGCAGAAAUAAAGAAUUGAUCAUCUCACCAUACAAAAAUCCAGCUCACUAUUUUCAAUCUAGUACUUCACUGAUUGCGUCCUAUGCAUCGAUUCAAAUUCAAGGAAAACAGUAGUUCCAAUAGUGCUAGGUAUAAUGUGAACAGAAGUUAUUAUCUUUUUUUAGUCCAACUAGCGUUAGCUAGUGCGGACAGCAAGCGUUUCCCGGAUAUAUAUAGCAAACGUAGUUAUUCGGCCAGCGCUGUGACCUUUCUAUCAUUAUUUGCAGCCGUUAUAAGCAUAUUAUUCCAUAUUAUGUAUAAUUAUCACUAUACUUGUCACAUUUGUAGACAACAUUUCCAACUACAAAAAAAAAGUAAAAUGAAUUUAUGCGGAACAAUAUUUAUUUGCUUCAGUGUUUUUUUCUUGUUAUAGAUAUAAUUGGUAUUGGAAAGGAAAGGGUUAAGUAAUAAAAUUGCUACUUUUGCAAUUCGGCCUUUCGUUACCUUCGGCCUUUUGAGAUUCGACCUUUCGUAGAAGUUCCGGGUAUAUUAAGAUAAUUCUCAAUUUUAGGGUUCAUAUUGCCGAUGUGCUUUAGGUUCGGUUCAGGAACUUUUCGUGAUGAAAAUGUCCUUGGCAUACCUGGACAAAGAGUCUAGGUAUUUAGCAGGCUCGAUAUACGAAUGAAAAAAUGCCAAAUGGCAAAGAAAGCUCUCAGUUAAUAACUGUAGAAAUGCUCGUAGAAGGUUUUGGUAAAGCUUCGGAUGUUUUUGAGGUCAAUAUCCAACCAAAACUGCAUGAGGUCAAUAUCCAACCAAAACUGCAAAAUGAAAUGAAAAGGAAUUUCAUUGACUUUCCCAAGUAUUUUUCAUACAAUAAAUGAAUACCAAUAGUCUCGAGGGAAAAACAAACUUUUCAGUAGACAAGGUAUGGUAAUGCUCAGAUGUUGCAUAAGCCGAAACGGAAUUUCCCGUCGUGCACCUGGAUAACGACCUCCGACUUCGAUCAAGUAUGACAACCUCUGACAACCAACAUGUUCAUCAAUAUUCAAAAAGUGUGCAUUUGCUCCACUAUUUUUAUAAAUACUAUUUUAUGUUAAAAUAAAUCAAAUAAUUUAUUGCAAAAAUCACAACAAAAGUCAUAAUAGUUGAAUAUUGUUGCAAAGCAAUAUAGUUUGGCUGUAACACAUAUUAUUGUUAUUGAAGUUUUGCCAUGUGCUAGGCAAAUAUAGGCACCAGAAUUCAAAACAAGAAAAGCAUCCAUCUUUCGAGAGCUCAUUUGUAUUGUAAUUGAUGAAGAGAUGUAUAGAUAAAGUACACGUAUAAUGUAUUUGGAAUUAAUUUAUCCCAAACUGACUAGUGAAAAAAUAUGUUCAACAUUGUGCUUACAUUACUCUGUAUACAAAAUAACGCAGCAGUUAUA